GCACUCAAUCGCAAUUUCAGGAAACUUGAAUAAGUGUCAGUAAAUGCCAUUCAUUUAAUUCAAGUUAAGAGUAUUUAUUAACAACAUCUCAUUUAAAUAAGAGGAAAGUUAGCCAGAAACACAGAACGACGCAAUCCUAUGGAGAGGUCAAUCAAUCUCCGAUAAUGGUCGGACUCGCGUCAGUUCUCCGCCUGCAGCGCUGUCACAGUGAGACUGGAGCAUUAUACACGCAGGCGCUCACUUCACCAGCUCCUGAACAGCGAACCGGACAACUAAACCGCUCACGAUAAAGGAUUUACAGGACUUCCUUUUUACUCUUUUAAAUACACUAUUGCUAAGAGUUUCUAAGUACACUUACACGUGUUAUAUUUUUUUUGUAAAAGGGUUCUUUGCACCUACGUUCUUCUAUAAUAAGAACAUGGCAGUGCUGACUGCAGGAGAUAAAUGCGUCAAGUAUUUGCUGUUCACGUUCAAUUUUGUUUUCUGGCUUGCAGGAACAGCAGUGUUGGCUGUGGGAUUGUGGCUGCGCUUCGACUCCAAGACCAAAGGUCUCUUUGAAGGGGAGGACUCCCCCGUCGUGUUUUUCACAGGCGUGUACAUCCUGAUCGGUGCUGGGGCGCUCAUGAUGGUAGUGGGUUUCCUGGGGUGCUGUGGGGCCAUCCAGGAGUCGCCGUGCAUGCUGGGAUUGUUCUUCUUCUUCCUGCUCAUCAUAUUUGCAGUGGAGGUUGCUGCAGGAAUCUGGGGCCUCUCCAACCAAGAGAAGAUCGUGAAUGACAUCACAGAGUUCUACAAGAGGACCUUUGAAAACUACAAAGCAACAAAGCAAGAGGUGCUGAAAGAGACGCUGCGCCUGAUCCAGUAUGGGCUCGACUGCUGUGGGAUCACAGGGACCAUUUUCGAUGGUGCAAAAGACACCUGUCCCAAGCAAGAAGGACUGGAGUUGUUAAUCACCAAGAGUUGUCCUGCUGCCAUUGAUGAAGUGUUCAACUCUAAGCUACACAUCAUUGGAGGAGUAGGGAUAGGAAUCGGAAUCGUCAUGAUAUUUGGUAUGCUCUUCAGCAUGAUGCUGUGUUGCGCCAUCAGGAAGAGCCGGGAUCUGAUGUGACACCCCUAUCGCCGUGACUACCAUGCACCUUGCUAUUUAGAUGAUGUCGCCAACUGUCUUCUAUCCCAAGACCCCAGCUCUGACUCCCUUUCUGUAAUCUAAUAUCCCCAUCCAUAAGCCAGUUACAUCACAAUGCUUUGUCCAAUCACUAAUCACCACCUCUAUACCGGGUGAAAAGUAGGUUUAGACUGGUUUGGAUCUACCCCUCCAUGUUCAACAUUUUUUAUACACUUAGCUAACAAUUACAGAAUUGUAGUUAAGUAAUAGCAGCUAGCUUCAUUUUCAUGUCUUGGAUGUUUGAGACAAAAAGCCUUCCAGUU